AUGAGCAAAGCUUCGCAAGCAACUGUACCCUCCAUGGACUUGGAGCUUCUGCUGCGAGAUGGUGUUUUUGUCGACUUUUUCAACACCUUUCUGAAUCUCCCUGUUUUUGGCCAGACACCCAUUUACAUCGGCAGCCUGGGCAGGUGGGACCUCUGGCCAGAGCUGCCGUGUCAUCUGGAUCCCAGCCCCCUGGCUUUACUGGCUUGGCUGAAAAAGCACCGCCUGCCUCACUUCUGCAAAUCCAGCCUGUGCCUCCAGCUCGGCCUCUGCCAGAAGCUCCUGGGUUUCAUUCGCUCGGGGGAAGCAGCAAAACUCUUCAACUGGCAAAGCGCUGACCGGUGGCUGCUGGAGAAGUGCAUCAGCGGGAGCCAGGGCAUGUGGCACUUUCAGGCCUUCAUCCAAGGAACGGCAGGGGAAGAACUGACCAACUUCUGGCUCACCACUGAAAGGCUCCUGGGGCUUGACGAGUCAGAUGUGAGGCAGAGGGACCUCUAUCUGUCCUUGCUCCAGAGGCUGAAAGCCACUCACCUGCGUGAAGGCUCCAGUGUCACCACUCUCUGCAGGACCAUCAUUGAGUCACAGACAAAAGCCAGGCACGAUCGGGCCUUCAGCACCAGGAGGGAGAUCCUAAGCAAGAUGCAGGAACAGGCCCUCUUUAUCAUUCAGAGUUACUGGCUACCUAAAUUCUUCACCCACUGCAAGAAGGGCAUGGAGGAAGAGAAAUCCUGCUGGCCUCUGCUGCAGGAAUAUCAGGAGCGUUUAUUACAGGCCAACCCACAGGAGCCCUCGGGCCUUUCAGAGAGUCUCCUCCCAAUGCAUAUUAAAAGGAGCCAGGGUUUGUCAGGGCCCUACUGCAGCAAGAAGGCCAAAGCAGAGCUCUGGACUCUGAUCCAGAAGGGAAAAGACAUCCAAGAAAUGAAGAUGCCAAGUGUUCAGAUGCAAGCAGAAAGGCAGCCAGGGCCAGCUAGGAGCACAAAGGAAUCCUGUCUGGAUAAGGACGCUUUGGGGUCGGUUCAUCUGCAGUCAGAGCAUCCUGCUAACACUGCCUUUGGAGGCAAAGAAGGAACAACCUCUCCCAAAAGACCUCUUCAUCUGGAAAACACCUGUGAAGAGAAAGACCUCUCUAACCUGCAUUCUUCUGCACCUCUUGUCCAACUGCCACCCUCCAAAGAGCCAACCAACACCUUGAGUUUCCUUCCCUGGGCCCUCAGCGCCGACACCUGCGCGGGACGGCCCUUCAGGGACUUCUUGAAGCACCAGGACAGGUCCACAGAGACACGUCUCCUAGACUUGUGGCAUGACCUGGAGGAAUUUCUGCCCAUAGUGCUGGACUUCAGCAGAGAAAACUGUUUCUUCCUGCGGCAGUUGAUUGGGGAGAAGAUAUGCAAGACUUACCUGGAGGAGGACACCAUCCAUCAGCUUCCCUUGGAGACCAGGACACUCAGGGGCCUGCGGAACCAUCUGAUGGUUGGAGAAUUCUCCUCCUGGAUAUUCAGAGCCCAGGAGGAGAUUUGCAAGGUGCUCUGCUGCUCUUACAAGGAAUUUCUGGCUGAUGAUGACAAGACGUUUCUCCAGUUUAUGUCUCCACUGAGUGACAUCCCAGUGCCCAAGGUGCAAGGCCACGCUCUUGGCAAAGAUGAAGGUUUCCUCUUGUAUCAGCGCAUAAACCAGUCCUUGAAGCUGAGCCAGGCCUUGCAUGGCACGAGGAAUUUGGGAGGUCUCUCCUCCAAGCACUGGAAACUGAUUGCCACUCGGGACCUCUGGAAAGGGGGUUCCAUCCAGGCAGAGGUGGAACCCCUGGCUUCUCUAUCUGAUGUAGAUGCCCAGAAGACGACGUCAAAUGACCUGACUGCUCAGAAAUCCUCACUGGCUGUGGAUAGCCCAAGCAAGGAAAAUGAUCUUCAGUGUCUCAAAAGCCCAUCACUUGCUGCUGAGAACAGAAAGAAGAGGACUGCUCCAGUGAGAAAAACCAAAUCAAGCAAGACAGAGUCCAGCACUGUUGCAGUAGAGAAGCCAUCUGGAAGACCCAGGCACUUUGUGAACGUACUGCACAACCCUGCCCACCUGCAGUUCUUCAGGCAGUUCCUCAAGGAGCGCAAUGCAGAUCAGCCACUGUGUUUCUGGAUGGCUGUGGAGAAGCUAGUUGCAGAGAUCUGUCCCAGGGCAAAGAGCUCCCUCAUUGACAGCAUUGUAAGAAAAUAUUUCCAUGCUGAAAUCCCAGCUGAGGAGCUACUGGACUGUGACACUUCAAUCACCAAAGAAAUAAAGGAGGCCAAAGUGGUCAGCCCCUUCAUGUUGGUGACAGCACAGGUCUUUGUCCAGAAGACAAUGGAAAAACGAUGGUUUAAAGAGUACCAGGACCUGUUUCCCCCCAGCAAUUCACAGCAGUCUGACCAUUUGAGGCAUGGGACAGGGAACUUCACCAGAGGCAAGUCGAGCCAGGGCUGGUGUGCCAUCCAUGACAUCGUCAGGAGCAUCUGCAAGUUCCGGAGGGAGAUGAACAACGCCGAAUGCUGCGCAGAGUUUGAGAACUUUCUCCGUCAGGAACGAGGAAACAAGGAGGAAAACUUGCCUGUCAGGUUGAAGCAGAGCAGUGACACUUCCAGCUCUACCAGCACACCCGAGGGCAAAGAGAUGGUGCUGGUGGAAAGGCUCCUGUUUAACGGCCACAAAGUUACCAUCGACUUCCUGGUCAAUGACCUCAACUUCUACCUGGAGAUUGACAAGUUUUCCAGGCUGGCUGAUUCAGCUGAAGCUCUGGCAGCCCGUAACAUGCAGUCAGAAAAGAGAGUUGCUUUUCUCAAGAAGAAAGUUGCCAUCAUCAGCAAACUUUUCCUGAACUCUGAUAUUCCCCCCAAGCUGAGGGUAAACAUCUCUGAAGAAGAGAGAGAUUUAAUCUGGAGUUUAUCUUCCAAGGGGCUACUGAACCGUGUCCUCUACCACAGAGCCAAGGUCAUGAUCUUCCCCAUCCUGAUGCACUUCUGGAGAAGGUUCUGCACCUGGAAGGUGAUGAGGAGCUUCCAGAUCCCUGUGAAGGACCAGGUGCCAAUCUCUUCACCCAGUACAGAACCCUUCCCUGAAUCAUCUGAGAUCUACAGUCCAAGUGAUCACACUGUCAUUGUCUUCACACUCACAAAAGGGAUCCAGAUCCUCCUGCCUCAGCCCCAGGAGAAAACAAAGCCACUGGAGGAAGAUAAAGGAACCAAGGGCAGGACAGACUUCCAAGUAAAAGCAGACCUCCUAACACACCAAGUAUGA